AUGCCGCUCCCGGCGGUCGACGUCGACCUCUCCGCGGCGGAAGCGUACCUCGGCGCACUGGACCUCGAAGCGUUGGCGCGUCGCUUCCAGGCCAGCGCGCUAGCACUGCGGCGACCAUCCCUCCCGUGGGACGUCCUCUACCACAUCGCCUCCCAGUGCGACUCGGACUCUACCAUCCACGCUUUGAUGAACACCUGCCGCUAUCUAAAUGAACAUGGCGUCAGGUUUCUCCAGAGAGCUCGCGAGGCCCGGGUCCGUGUAAUGCGCGAUCUCCGUCGCCUCGCCGCCUUUCUCCGCGCAAAGGGCCAAGACCGCUGGCGAUACCUCAAUCGGUUAUAUAUCCGGAUCUGGAGGGGAGAGCGUUUUGAGCCCAAGGAACAGCUGCAAGCUCUACUCGAUCUGUUGGAUGGGUCCGCGCCCGCGCUACGGGAGCUAACCGUUUGCAGACUGGAGCUCUACAUCCACUACGAAUCCGACGACGACGAGGAUCACAAGGCGCGCGACGACACGGUCCUGGACGACUUCCUGCUUGACGGGCCGCUGUGGUCCGUGUACGGGCUCGGGCUCCGCUGCCGCUUGGACACGCUGCGGACGGACGCGGUGCUGUUCGGCGCGCUCAGUCCGCACGUACUCGCACUUCGCGUGCAGGGCUUCGACGUCGUUGGCGACCCGGGGUUCGUGCGCGCGUUCGAACCCGAGCGCGUGCCGCGGGUCCAGAAGCUCGAGUUGCGCUUCGUUGGGGAGAACGUUGAGGACACGGUGCCGCAGCGCGCCGUGAUCUUGCUGAACUCGGUCGAGAAGAUCACGGGCCGGCUGUCGGUGCUCAAGGAGCUCAUCAUGUGGCUCAACGUGACGUCCAAAUCACUGCCCGAGCGGAAUGAGACGCGCGAGGACCUCCUCCCAAAGAGGAAGCCUCGCGGUUAA